AUGGAAAUCCCAGCGAUCAACCUCAAGGCUAUAGUCCUGGUGCACUGGCUGCUUACAGUAUGGGGCUGCAUGGCGUGGCUGCCCACCUCCUUCUCCUGGGGGAACUUCAGCGUGUUGGCGGUGGGCGUGUGGGCCAUCGCUCAGCGGGACUCCAUCGACGCCGUGCUCAUGUUCCUGGUCGGGAUGAUUCUGACGAUACUGACCGACAUCAUCCACUUUGGGAUUUAUUACGACAUGAACGAGUCGCUGCCGCUGCGGGCGAAGGACUUGUUACACUUCAGCGCAGGAAUGGCCAUCCUCAACCUGCUGCUCAAACCCGUGUCCUGCUUCUUCGUUUACCAAAUGUACCGCGAGCGAGGAGGAGACUACAACGUCAACUUCGGUUUUCCCUCUGUAGCACGGACCCGAGACGCCUACCAGUCCAUCGACCAGCAGGACGAGCCCUCCCCCCCGGCCAAUCCCUUCAACCAGGCCGAGGAGAGCAAACCUGCAGUCCGCACUUACUGAGUGAACCACACACGGUUUCUCCUCUGACAUUCUGUGCAGCAGCGCU